ACUCAGUGCUGCUUUGGUUAAUCAGUAACCUGUUGGCCCACUGGGUUAAAGUGGGAGCAGUGGGAGGCAGGACCUCAUUCAGCACUUCAGAAACAGCAGACGCACACGACGGUAUCGUUUUAAGGUGACAAUCUCCGUAGGUAAAAUGCAGGGACUUCAGUCGCCUCUCCUCCUCCUCUUCUUCCUUUGCAUCUUCUCUGGAAGCCAAGCCAACCGUGUCUACGUUCACCCUUUCCAUCUCUUUGCUGCUGAGAAUGUCAGCUGUGAGAGGCUGCAGACUGAGCCCACCAGGCCUCUACAGACACUUCCUGUGGCACCACUUGACAUAACUGUCCUGACACCGGACAGCAGGGAUCCGUCAAUCCAGGACGGGCAGAGGCAGAACAUUACAGAAAGGACUGCUGUACUGGCAGAGCUGUUGAAUUCACUGGGCCUGAGGAUGUAUCAGCAUCUGAGCAGCACAAAGGACAGCACCAACACCCUGUUCUCUCCGGUUAACACCUUCGGAUCCCUCGUCACCUUUUACCUGGGAGCCUCAAAGAAGACGGCGAGCUCAUUCCUGCAUCUCUUGGGUCUGAGCAGUGGCACUGACAGAGAGGACUGUGUGUCGUUAGUGGACGGACACAAAGUUUUGAAAACCCUGCAGAACAUCAACUCUCUGGUGGAUGAUGGACCUAAAGAUGAAAUCACUACACAGGUCUGGGCCUUCACUCAACAGGACGCUCACCUGUCACAGGACUUUAUUCAAGGCACUCAGGACUUCUCAGACACAUCGUUUAUCCGUGGUGUAGAUUUCUCCAUGCCUCAGGAGGCUGAGCUACUGAUGAACAAUUUUGUGGACAAGACAUCAGAUGGGAAGGUGACAAAUAUCUUCAGAGAUCUGAACUCUAGCAGCGACCUCCUCUUUAUUAGUUCAUUCAACUUCCAAGGAAACUGGAAGACAGCCUUUCAGCCAGAGAAAACAACAUUGGAAGAGUUUCACGUGGAUGAAACAAACACAGUAAUGGUUCCAAUGAUGACCCACACAGGCCAGUACCACUACCUGAAUGAUAAGGUACGGAAGUGCACUGUUGUCAAACUGUCUCUAAGUAAGCGAUCCUACAUGCUGCUGGUCCUGCCUCAUGAAGGAGCUACUCUCAAAGACACUGAAUCUAAGCUGCUCACUAAGGUCAUCUCUACCUGGCACCAGAGCUUCCAGCAAGGUCUACUGGAGCUAUCGUUGCCGAAGUUCUCCUUGUCAGCUGUGAAUGAUCUGCGUGACCUUCUGGUCAGCAUGAGUCCAGAGGUCGAAGCCAAACUGUUGGGCUCCGAGGCCGAGUUCAGCCAAGUCAGCAGCACCAAAACCGUCACUGUAGAUAAGGCGCUCAACAAGGUGCUGUUUGAGAUGUCAGAGGAAGGAGCCGAAGUUCAUGACAAGAUCCAGGAAGACGGUAUUCCUCUGAAGCUCUCCAUCAAUCGGCCGUUCUUCUUUUCUGUCGUAGAAGGAGACUCCAACGCCAUCCUCAUAAUGGGCAAGAUCAUUAACCCCACCCUCUAAAGUGCUAAACACCAACAAAAACCUCUGACUUGAAAAACGUCUGACCUACCAGACCUAUUUUUCACAAUGUACUCUAUCCCCUAGAGCUUAGGUUUCUGUAGGGUCUAAAAUCAAUCACCUUGUGGACAUCUCAUUUAGAUCAUACUCUUGUUUUCAGCUGAAUUAAUGGCAAAAUAUAGUAUUUGAGGAAUGGACCACAACCUCACUAAAGAUGAAUGUGUCAGUAUUCAACAGUGUGACAAGCAUUAUUUAUCACAUGUCUGAUCUCUUCAAACUCUUCCCCCUUCUCAGUAUUUAUGAAAACCUUUACUGUGAAAUUUAAGCAGCCUGUUAAUAUUCUAAAUUUCUACUUCUGUAAAAUAUAUUUCAGUAGACUUCAGAACUGUAUUUUUUUUUUUUUCAGCAGUAAACACAAUUCCAUACCAUGAAUGAUUAAUAAGUUGUACUGUAUAUUGUAACUAAGAGUCUAUUUUGGUUUGUAACACUGUGUGAUUGUUGAA